AUGUGUGAGGAAACUGCGGAAGCCUUUGGUCAGCGAUGCUCCGACUGCGUUUCUUCGGGCUUUACCUCGUUGGCAAUAGCUCUCGGAGUGAGGCUGAAACUGUUCCAAAACAUGCCCACGUGCGUUGAGCAGGCGACCACAGCGGCAGCACUGGCCGCAACGCUCGGCUACAAGGAGAGGUACGUGCGCGAAUGGCUGUCGGUCGUCGUGUGUGCCCAGUUUGUAACGGUGGACGAAACCGGAAACAAGUUCUGGUUGCCAGAGCACAGAAAACGCAUCCUGGUGUCUUCAGCUUUGCAUGCACAUUCGCUUGGCAUGUCGCUGAUGAUGACUAUGUUGGCGGCAUCGUUCCGUGGGGUGUGCAGCUGCUUUCCCAUUGAUGGACCGAACGGCUUGCCUUAUGAAGAAUACAGCUGUUUCAGCGAAUAUAUGUCCGGCAUAAGCGACAAGAUACAUGAAAAUUCACUGCUGGACAAAUUCAUUCCAUCAAUUCCGGGACUCGUUCCAGCUUUAGAAAGCGGUAUUAUGGUGCUUGAUGUUGGAUGUGGCACCGGGACACCAAGCUUCUUGAUGUCACAGAAAUAUCCGAAGAGCACCUUCCAUGGCGUCGAUUUCCUGCAAAAGGCUAUCGAUAUGGCGGAACAGCGGGCUUCGAAGUUCAAUCUACAGAACCUUCAUUAUCUGCUGCACUCGGCAACCGAGCUUCCGAAAGACUGGAACGAGCGGUUCAGCUUCGUGACGACCUUCGACGCUGUGCAUGACCAAGCCAGACCUGAUUUGGUACUCAGCGAAAUAUACCGAGUCUUGAAACCGGGCGGUUGGUUCUCAAUGGUCGACAUUAAGGCUGAGACAGAACUGGUGAAGAACAGGAGUUCUCCUAACGCUGCCAUGAUGUACGCAAUCAGUCUGUUUCACUGCAUGCCAGUGUCGCUUUACUUCAAGGGUGGUUUUGGACUGGGCACAAUGUGGGGCAGGCGUAAAGCGGAACAGAUGCUCAGGGAAAGUGGGUUCAGCCAGAUUCAAGUGAUCGAGUUACCGUACAAUGACAAAUGCUACCAUUACCUCUGUCGUAAGGCAAAAACUGUAGCUCAGUGA